AUGAAUUAUUUUCACAAUGAAUGGCUCAAAACAAAUGAUGGUUGGUAUGAAGGUAUACAAGUUUAUACACCAAGUACAAACAACGCCCUAGAGGCAACCAACAAAACAAUUAAAGAUGAUGGAACAUUUCGAGAACGACAUGUUUUAUCAAGAUUUUUAACAAUAGCUACAAACGUUAUCAAUAACUGGUCAGUUGAACGAGAUUCAUCCUCAAUCAAUGCAAAAAUAUUCGCUACUGAACCAACAAUAUCUUUAGAAUUAUGGACUUUAUCUUAUCAAUGGGCUAAAUCAACAAAAGAUAUAAUAUGUAUUUCUAAUGAUUCUUCAAAAACAUAUUAUAUACCAGCUCGUGAUUUACAAUCAAUAUCUCAAGCCAAUUUAAAUAAAUACAAAAAUAAAACAUGGUCAACAUUUAAUCAAUUCACAAAAUCAUUUGAUAUUUGA